CCUCUGUUACUAUUCAGAAGUUCAGUGUAGCAGACAUUGUGGUUAUUGUGGCUUAUUUUGCGCUGAAUGUCGCUGUGGGGAUAUGGUCCUCCUGCAGGGUCAGUCGCAACACUCUGAGUGGCUACUUUUUGGCUGGCAGGGACAUGCAGUGGUGGCCGAUUGGUGCGUCACUAUUCGCCAGCAGUGAAGGAUCAGGACUUUUCAUCGGCCUGGCAGGCACGGGGGCCGCAGGAGGAAUUGCUGUUGCAGGAUUUGAGUGGAAUGCCACCUAUGUGUUGAUGCUGCUGGCCUGGGUCUUCAUUCCAGUGUACAUAUCAUCGGGGAUCGUCACCAUGCCAGAGUAUCUGGGACGGCGCUUUGGAGGUGAGCGGAUCCGCAUGUAUCUGUCGGCUUUGUCUCUGCUGCUGUCCAUCUUUACAAAGAUUUCGACUGAUCUCUAUUCUGGGGCCUUGUUUGUGCAAGUCUGCCUGGGGUGGAAUCUCUAUGUGUCCACUGUUCUUAUGCUGGUGGUGACCGCUCUCUACACCAUAGCAGGAGGCCUGGCCGCUGUCAUUUACACGGACACUCUGCAGACAUUUAUCAUGAUUAUUGGGGCCAUUGUUCUCACCAUUACGGCCUUCAGCAAGAUUGGGGGCUACCAGAACCUUGAGGACCACUACCUGAGAGCAAUCCCAUCCAAGAUCAUCCCCAACACAACAUGUCACCUCCCACGAGCAGAUGCCAUGCACCUUUUCCGAGACCCUGUGACUGGCGACCUUCCUUGGACUGGCAUGACCUUUGGACUGACCAUCCUAGCCACUUGGUAUUGGUGUACCGACCAGGUCAUAGUUCAACGGUCACUGUCUGCUAAAAAUCUGAGCCAUGCAAAAGGGGGCUCCAUCCUGGCAAGCUACCUCAAGAUGCUGCCCAUGCUCAUCAUCAUCCUGCCAGGAAUGAUCAGCCGCGCAUUGUACCCAGACUCUGUUGCAUGUGUGGAUCCCAUGGAAUGUCUCCAAGUCUGCGGCUCAGAAGUGGGUUGCUCCAACAUUGCUUAUCCAAAACUGGUCAUUGAGCUGAUGCCCAGUGGUCUACGAGGGCUAAUGAUUGCUGUCAUGAUGGCUGCCUUGAUGUCGUCUCUUACUUCAAUCUUCAACAGCAGCAGCACCCUUUUCACCAUGGACAUCUGGAAGAAGUUCCGUAGGCGGGCCAGCGAGCGUGAGCUGCUUCUGGUGGGGAGAAUUGUCACAGUCAUUCUUGUGGUGGUCAGUGUUGUCUGGAUUCCAAUUUUGCAAAGCGCCAACAGUGGGCAGCUCUAUGUUUACAUUCAGUCAGUGACGAGUUAUCUGGCUCCUCCGGUGACAGCUGUCUUCAUCCUUGCAGUGUUUUGGAAGAGGAGUAAUGAAGCGGGAGCGUUUUGGGGUCUCAUGGUUGGCCUGGCAGUUGGACUGACAAGGAUGAUCAUGGAAUUCAUUUAUCCACCACCCCGCUGUGGUGUCUUCGAUCCCAGGCCAUCGGUCUUAAAGAAUGUCCACUAUCUGCAUUUUGCUAUCAUUCUUUGUGCUCUGACGGCUGUUGUGAUUGUGGUGGUCAGUCUGCUGACAGAACCGCCCACUGCAGUACAGAUCCGGAGCCUGACCUGGUGGACCCUGUCACGAGAGCAAGUGACUCCUGGAAUGAACAUGCAGAAGGUAUCCGCAUCAGUGUCACCUCCAAGUGAGAGAGUGACAGCUGUGGACUCUGAGGCUCAAAAGCCCCGCUCCUGGAUGGCAGUGAUCUGUGGGAACAACCGUAAGGAGGAGAGCCAAAUACAACCAGCACACCUUGACACCUAUGAGAGUCCCUUCUGGUCCCGGUUCUGCUGCAUCAAUGCCAUUAUCCUCAUGUGCAUUAAUGUUUUCUUCUAUGCAUACUUUGCUUAAAGCUUUUCUGUCCAUUGGCCUUGGUGCAACAAUAAGGUGAAGCACAUACCUGGGAAUCAGGUACCCUGCAGUUGGUACAGCCAGCAGGAAUGGGCCUCAAACUGCUAGCAGAGAUCCCACAUACCCAUCCUGCUUUCUGUGGCAUCAUCGCAGGGCCUGCCUCACUGUGGACAUUGGCAUCGGCUGGACUUGUGGGUUGCCUGAAGUAGUCCAGCCAGGCAUGGAAUGAGAUGAAAAGGCCACCCAUGAAUGUAUUCAUUGUGUUGGUAUUAAACCAGUAAGAAUCCCCCAAA